AUGGAUAGGAAUAAGAAUGGAACGAAUCGCGCGUUUCCGUUUCUAGCUAAAUUAGAAGCAGUUUUGCAGAGAGAAAGAGAAUCGGAGGGUUUUUUCGGAUAUGAAACGAAGGAAGCAAGCCGAGAGAGGAUUACGUUAGCAGCCACUGGCAAUGAACCGCAAAACGACUCCAUUGAUUUCUUUGACAAGACGCAGGGGUUUCACCAAUUGUUCACACGACUUGAGGAGAAGACAGGCAAGUUUCAGCAAGAGGAGAAGAAGGAAAGAAAAAAUUUCAAUGCACGAAAGAAAAAACAAAUUAAAUCUUCAAACUUACUUGAUCGGGACAUUGCCUAA